AUGCCACGAAUACCCAGUAGAACAAUACUGGACGCACAUCGACAGGAUCAUCUUCUUCCACUGCUUUUACAGGAAUGUCGCUCCCUUGAUCUGGCCAAAAGUGAACUGGGCUGGAUGAGGAAUCGGGCUGUUUCCAAAGCCCAGUCAAACCGUUUAACAAUUGAGACCACCAAAUCCAAACGUCACCAGGGAUGGCGAAGUACUUUGAGAUCAAUGUGCCGGGCACGGUCUCGGGGCCAACCUCUCCAGUACAUACUCGGUGAUCAGCCCUUUGGGGACUUGGACAUACUGUGUAGGAAAGAAGUCCUGAUACCUAGGCCCGAAACUGAGACAUUCACCUUUCACGCUGCCAACCUGAUCUCGCGCAAUGUCGUCAAUGCCAGUCAAUCUCUGAUCAACCCUCAUGCUAUAUCUGUACGUGUGAUUGACCUGUGCACGGGAACAGGAUGCAUAUCCCUCCUUUUGCAUGCUCUUGUCGCGCCAUAUGUACAGCACUUGUCCAUCGUCGGGAUUGAUAUUAGUACUACAGCAAUUAAUCUGGCGAGAAGGAAUUUAAAAUACAAUAUCCGAAAAGGAAAAUUGUUGGAUCGAGCGAUGGCGGAUAUUACUUUCAGAAAAGGCAAUGUUCUCUGCGGUGCACCUGUUGAUGCAUCGAAUGUGGAGCAAGCUCUGGGCGAUACUCCCGAAUCAACGCUGCGUACAGCGUGCCAUCUCGAUGUGAUCAUAUCAAACCCACCGUAUAUAUCCGAGAAAUCAUAUGGAAAUGGGACCACUGCACGAAGUGUUCGGAUGUACGAGCCGAGGAUUGCAUUGGUCCCUCCAGUGUUCGGUGACGCUCUGAAAAUACCGCUGCACCGGCAGGAGGAUAUCUUUUACUACCAUAUUUUGUCACUUUCCUUCAAGAUGAAGGUGAGACUUGUAAUGCUUGAAUGUGGUGACCAUUCACAGGGCGAGCGUGUGGCAGCUUUGUGCCGUGCCAUGGCAACACAAUAUUUACAAGUGGACGAUUUGUGCAUCAGUAUUUGGUCAGCUAAUGAUGGGACUUUGAACAACAGCGCUCACGAGGUUUCUGAGCCAUGUAUGGUUAUAGUACAGAGACUUGGAUUGGGGAAUACUACGACCUGUGGUCAACCUCACCUCUGA